AUGCUGACCAACGACUUCUUAGUUGACGAGGAAUUCCCACCUCUCGGUACGACACCAAAGGACAAACGCUCGGUUGACAGCUUUGGUUCCCUGAUGAGAUCACAGCUUAUGAGUGACUCUCAACCACUGGGACGUUCUGGGACCCCGAGUCUCCCACCAGGCCUGCCUCUUCCCCAAGGCCACUCCAUUUCUGCCCUGUUCCAGGAUCAGUUCAAGUCUUCAAGCCCGGUAUCAUCCGUUUCUGGUCCACCACCCGGGCUGGAGGUGCCUUCUCCUUCAUUAGCAGCCGCAUCCCGGAGCUCCGAGGAUGAUGCGACGGGCCUCGCGGCGAAACCAACCACGGAUAACAGGCAGCUGCCUAACAGGGCCACGAGUGCUGCCGACGUUUCGUUGGGUUCCCCUGUAGCGAAGUCUGCCACUAGAGUCCGUUCCCAGCCAAAAGAGGAAUCAAUGCCUGCUGCUGAAAAAAGGGGCAAUCAGCCAAAACCCGCGGGGUCCAGCGAAGGCAAAGUAUCUUCUGCUAAGGUCAAGCCGAUGAAGCUGGAUCUGAGCUUCAAUACUCCUCUGGCCCCUGAGCCUGUCCAAAAGGCUGAACCUCCUCCAUACCAGCUCUCAGCUGCCCCUGCCACCGCUGUUAAUUCUCGACCCAAUACGCCACUAACUGGCGCCUCGCGGGUUUCGGAUUCACCGGCGCCUCGUCAGCCUCGUGUACUUCGCGUAGUCGACACACCAAAGGCAGAGACUCCGCCUCCGAUGUCUGCCACUCAGUCAGUCGCAUCUUUCUCAUUAACAAGCAAGGUCCGCUCAAGACGGCCAAGUGCUUCUUCUCAGAGCCGCUCCGAUACCCCUGGUGAUAUUGGGUCCGAGGCGGAUCUUUAUACUUCUACUUCAGCUUCGCGCGCGAACUCCCCUCCCGCAUCAUCGAGGAUAGGUUCUGCGCCAGUGAGGUCUAUCACCAAAAGCCAGCUCAAAAAAGAGCGGAAACAGAAGGCCAAGGAAGCAGAGGCCAAAAAGCAGGAGACAGCGCCGGUGACGGAGGAGCCGGUCAUCGCUCCAAUUGUUGGUAGAAAGCGAAAGACCAAGAAGGCCCCUGCCGAGUCGUCUAAUCCUCCUCCGGAGAACGCUGCUUCUACCACCAAGCCUACUGUUGCAGUUACCAAUGAACCCACUGAGAAGGUCGAGCCAGCUAAGAAGUCCAAAGCGCCUGAAACCGUCUCAGAGUCAAAGCCCCCACCAUCCGAAGCGAAAGCGCCAGUUGAGGAGAAAAAAAGCGAAGAGUGGCGGUCCAAAAAUACUGUCGAACAGUUGUUAAAGGAUGCGGAAGCCACCGGCGUUCCUCUCAAAGAACUCUUCGCCGAGCGCACUUCCCCUCUACAAGUGUUGCUUUCGCAGCUUCAUAAAUCGGGCGCUCUGGAUCUCAACAAUCAUCCUUUGUUCAACCCGUCCAACCUUAAUCAGCGCUUUGACAUGAAAUGCACUUCGGACGAUUAUGAAGACCUCAAGCAGCCGAUUGAGCUGACCGAGCAGCACCGUAAAGCACUACUGCGCGGAGAGCCAGUGCGGCUGGGCUCGGAUUCUCCCUCGCUGAAACAUAGAUGCCUUAUCAGCCCCCGCGGUUGCGUCCUCCACCAUUUAUCUCCCGAAGAGGAAGACCGCUACCUCGCCCUAGAGAAGAGCAUCUCCUGGACCAUCGACUCCUUCCAAGAAUACCCCGCCAUCCCCGUCACCGAACCGGAUGCCACAAACCGCGGCGGCGGUCUGGACGCCCUUUUCGCCACGCCUGAGAACUUCAACCUCUGCUGGGUUGACGAAACUUCCACUGGAGGCAUUUCCGCACAAUCUCCCAUCUCCGUUCACUCCACCACUGAAGGAGGCACCCUAACGUCAAUCCCUCCCAACGUUCUCUCCGCCAUGGAAGCAGACAGCACACGCAACCACAACUGGGCAAUUUCCAACGCCGCCGAGCUCAUGAAUGCAACAGCGACGUCGGUCCGCUCGUUUGCUGCCGCCACUGCAAAACACAUGCUUGGUGCUGCUGGCGUGGUUAUUGGGAAUAUUCCUGACCUUGACGAUGUUGUCGGUAUGACAGAUGAGGAGCUGCGUUCGUUCGCGGUUAAGAGCCAGAAAGAACUUGAGGCGUCGAGGAAGGAGCUCGAUGCAAUUGACAAGAAGCUCGGAGCGUUGGUGAAAAGGAACAGGAAGCUCGCGCAGCAGGCUUUAGCUACUUAG